UUCUCCAGGUACCAUGGAUACAUUAAAACGACUGAAACUGUUCCAAAAAACACGUGCUGAAGUCAAAGACCCUCAAGCAGAGUGCGAUGGUAUCGUACUGUAUUUGAACACAUCUGGUCGUAAAUUUCUGGGGAUGGAUGUCCUGUCGUUGGACUUUUCGUUCGUCAAUCCACGUUACAUUUUUCUUCUGACCAUGAUGAUUAGUUUUCUGUACGCUGACCUCGAAGCAGCAGUGCUGGCCGAUGACAUCGGUGGUUUCGCAUACAACAUAGCCGUUCUCGGAUUUGGUCUGCAAGGAUUUGCCAAGUUCGAUGCGUACGUCUAUCGAAAAAAGUUCAUGCACGAUCUCGUUUGGCAGUGCAGUGCCUUCCUGGGGAAAAAUAAAGGACACGAUCGCUUCAGCACAUUCUUGGUCGACAAUGUUGCAGUUAUUAUGAUAGUCAGCAAAUUUUACUACCGCCUGUAUGGAUUGGUAUUUUUCACAUGUGCCACUUUCGGAAUACUUCAAUCGGUAAUGAGCGGAGAACGCCUUUUGUCGUUUGGUUUUCAGUUUUCGUUUUUGGACACCAAUAAUUGGGUUGGGUUUACUUUGACCUACUGUUAUCAGGUGAUUAAUUCAUUGAUGGUUGUGAUUAGUUCAUGUUGUAACGACAUUCUUAUCGCGAUCGUGUACGUAAACGCAAUGAGCAUGUAUGACUGUAUCAUGUCAGACUUAAGAGAGUUGUCUAAGAUAUCAGAAAUGGAGAAAACUCAAGAUAACAAACGGCUCGCUGAAGAACAAAUGAAAUCUAUCAUACAGCAACAUCAGCAUUUGAUGCAAUUUCUCGACUUGUCCAAUGAUGUUUAUAGCUCAUACUUCCUAAUGAGUCUUGCAAGUAUGACUGGCACUAUAGCCGUUCUCUUGACUGCAUUAGUAAUGGUUCGCUGGUACCCAGCCAUUGUGAUCUGUUUUGCAGCCUCGUUUCAAAUCUUUACGCUAUCGCUAUUGGGAACGCUUUUGCUGAUCAAGGGUGAGGAGCUAAUCCAACAGGUGUACGAUAUCAACUGGUACAACUUGGAUUUACCGGUGCAGAAAUCUUUGAAACUUUUGCUGCUGAUAUCACAAAACAAUAAGGAAAUAUCCUAUCGCUUUGGAGUGAUGAACAUGGAAACAUUCGUACAGAGUCACAAACUGGUGUACAGCUUUUUUACUAUGCUAGUUACAACGAAGGAAUGAGUUGAAGAUGGGAAAGGGAAACAAUUCCGGAUUGUUUCAGCCAGUCAAAGAUUGUGUUUAAGCAGUAAUUGUGACAUGUAAUGAAUGUUCGAUUUCACUAGAUGCAACUGAAUGUGCUUUUAUGCUUCAAAGCCUACACAAAAUAUUAAAAAUAUAUACAAAAUGCAAACCAGGGCAUCCGACAAUACCGCAUGAUUUUAAAUUUGUAU